AUGAAGCUGCAGACAACUACUUCUUUGUCUAUCCUGCUUUCAUUUGCUGCGUUGGCAAAGGGCCAGCAGUCCGUCUGGGGACAAUGUGGGGGAAUAGGAUGGACGGGAGCUACAACCUGUGUUUCCGGCUCAACAUGCACGAAGCAGAAUGAUUAUUAUUCCCAAUGCAUACCUGGUGCGGCCAGCAGCGCGCCAACACCAACCUCCACCUCUGCGGCAGGAGCGCCGACAGCAACAUUGCCGAGUGGAGUCAACUUCUGGUUCAGCUUUGGAGACUCGUACACGCAGACGGGCUUUGAUCCGACUGGUGUGCUUCCUACUGUAGGAAACCCAAUGGGGAAUCCUCCCUAUCCAGGAUACACUGCCGUUGGUGGUGUUAACUGGAUAGACUUGUUGACCGUACAGUUCAACAAUUCUCUGAUUCUCACUUACAACUAUGCAUAUGGAGGCGCAACAAUUGACGCGUCGCUCGUUCAGCCUUAUGAACCUACCGUCUUGUCUAUGACAGACCAAGUUAACGAGUUCCUUACUGGAACUGCAAAGAAGCCUGCGACAACCCUAUGGACAGGCGCUGACGCUCUAUUCUCAUUCUGGAUUGGGAUUAAUGAUAUUGGGAACAGUUAUUAUCAGAGUGGGGAUCGAGAUGCGUUUUCGGACACGCUUCUUGACGCAUAUUUCGCACUCGUCGAGAAAAUCACUACAGCGUCGUUGGAGGCCGGAAUUUUUUAUUUGUCAACGUCCCUCCCGUUGACCGGUCUCCUUUGGCGAGUCAUGCUAGCUCAAGCUGCGUCUGCACAGGCUCUUGAGAAGAGCGUCAUAGCUGGAUACAACACGAAGCUGGCACAGCGCGCAACUCAACUCGUGGCCAACCACUCUGAUGCCAAGACCUGGGUAUGGGAUUCAAACACAGUAUUCACGGUGUUCCUCGACAACCCGACUGCAUUUGGCUUCGUCGAUGCCACGUCGUAUGGAGCUACCGGAGAUUUCUGGGGGAACAAUCUCCACCCUUCCGCUGCAGCACAUACGAUCUUGGCGCAAAAUUGCUCGACAGUCUUGGAUGGGACCGUCUGGUAG